AUGUGGAGUGGGGAUUUUGUUGAUCUUCAGCAAUUUGCAGAUGGUGGGAACACGCUCUACAUUCAUCUCGCGAAUUCUGAAUUAGGUGGUGGGAGAAAAAUAUCCAUAUUUGUAAUAAUAGCAAUAGUGGUGGUGGGCACAUUCUUUCUAAGUGUUUCCAUUUGGCUACUAUGGAGGUUCAGAGCAAAAUUGAAAGCAUUCUUGAAUCCAUCGCAGAAGAACAAUGAGUUACUGAUGCUUUAUGCACGCAGAAGUGAGGAACUUUCGACAGAUCUUUCUGGACCGGAAGACCUUAGAGUUGAAGGGCAGCAUGUAAGCGGAGCAGAAUUAUCAUUCCUCGAUUUUAAUACCGUGGCAUUAGCUACAAACAAUUUUUUAAAUGAAAACAAGAUCGGACAAGGUGGAUUUGGCCCUGUCCACAAGGGAAAGUUGCCAUGGGAACAAGAAAUAGCUGUAAAGAGGCUUUCAAGAAAGUCUGGACAAGGCUUGGAGGACGGCUAUAUGGCUCCUGAGUAUGCAAUGGAAGGUCUAUUUUCUGUCAAGUCUGAUGUGUAUAGUUUUGGAGUAUUAAUACUAGAGAUUAUAACCGGCCGAAGAAACGCUAGUUUUCGUUUACCCAAACACUCAAAUAUUAUUGGAUAUGCAUGGGACUUAUGGGAUGGUGAUAAGGCAAUGGAGAUGAUUGAUCCUAAAAUUGCAGAUUCAUGUUGCCAAAAUGAAGUGUUGAGAUGCAUACAAGUAGGGAUGUUGUGUGUGCAGGACAUGGCAUUUGACAGACCAACAAUGUCAUCCGUGUUGCUGAUGUUGGAGGGUCAAAGUACAAGUAUGCAGAUGCCGAGACGACCGAGUUUUACUUCAAUGAGAAGAAGCCCUAUAGACAUGGAUGAAUAUUGGAAGGAAAGUUGA